CAUGUGGCUGCCUCGCAUCUCCAGCACCGCCGUGACCGCGCUCCUGCUGACGCAGACCUGCCUACUGCUCUUCCUGGUCUCCAGGCCGGGAUGGCCUCGGCCACCGUCCCCAGAGGACAGCAAGGAGCGUGUGCAUGUGCUGGUGCUGUCCUCAUGGCGCUCAGGCUCGUCCUUGGUGGGCCAGCUCUUCAGCCAGCACCCCGAUGUCUUCUACCUGAUGGAACCUGCGUGGCACGUAUGGACCGCCCUGUCCCAGGGCAGUGCGCCCGCCCUGCACAUGGCUGUGCGUGACCUGGUGCGCUCCGUCUUCCUGUGCGACAUGGCCGUGUUCGAUGCCUACCUGCCCUGGCGCCGCAACCUGUCGGACCUCUUCCAGUGGGCAGUGAGCCGGGCGCUGUGCUCGCCGCCGGCCUGCAGUGCCUUCCCGCGCGGCGCCAUCAGCAGCGAGGUGGUGUGCAAGCCGCUGUGCGCUCGGCGGCCCUUCGCGCUGGCAGAGGAGGCCUGUCGCUCCUACAGCCACGUGGUGCUCAAGGAAGUGCGCUUCUUCAAUCUGCAGGUGCUCUACCCGCUGCUCAGCGACCCCGCGCUCAACCUGCACAUCGUGCACCUGGUGCGCGACCCCCGCGCUGUGCUGCGCUCCCGCGAGCAGACGGCCAAGGCGCUGGCGCGUGACAACGGUAUCGUGCUGGGCACCAACGGCACGUGGGUGGAGGCCGACCCUGACCUGCGCGUGGUGCGUGAGGUGUGUCGCAGCCACGUGCGCAUCGCCGAGGCCGCUCUGCACAAGCCGCUGCCCUUCCUGCGGGGCCGCUACCGCCUGGUGCGCUUCGAGGACCUGGCGCGCGCUCCGCUGCCCGAGAUCCGAGCGCUCUACGCCUUUGCCGGCCUGCGCCUCACGCCGCAGCUCGAGGCCUGGAUCCACAACAUCACACAUGGCGCGGGGCCCAGCGUAAGCCGGGAAGCCUUCAAGACAACGUCGCGGGACGCGCUCAACGUCUCUCAGGCCUGGCGCCACACACUGCCUUUCUCCAAGAUCCGCCGUGUGCAGGAGCUGUGCGCAGGCGCCCUGCAGCUGCUGGGCUACCGGCCUGUGUUCUCCCAGGACGAGCAGCGUGACCUCUCCCUGGACCUGGUGCUGCCACGCGGCCCCAGCAGCUUCAGCUGGGCAUCCUCCACCGGUUCGCACACUGGACCUUAG